CCCAAGUUUAUUUUUUAAGCGGUUUUAUACAUCAUCAUCAAAAUGACAUCCACUCUCUCUUAUAACAAGGAACAAUUGCUCAAUUACUAUAGAGCAUCAUGCCCUGAGAUUCAAGAACCUCCAGAAAAUUUAAAACAAUUCCCACUUAUUUUGUCUACAAAAUUACUUCAACCUGUAAAUGAAACAAAUCUUCACCUUUUCGAUUCGGAUUAUAAUAUUAAUCCAGAAUCCACUUUCCCUACACUUUCUACAAGAGGCAGAGGUCGUGGAGGAAGAGGAGGAAGUAGAAGAGGUGGUGGAUUAUCCUCAAGUGGCAGAGGUUCUUCAAUUAGUCCCCUCGUAACAUCAUCAUUGGGCGGAAGUCCAAGUGGAACAUCAAGCUUGUUUGGAUCAAGUCCAACCUCUCUUGGAAGAGCUGGUACUCCAAUAGGUUCAGGUCCAAGGGCUAUUGCAAGAUCACCACUUUCUCUUGGAGGUUCUAGACUUCCUGCUUGGGCCAUGGAUGAAGAUCUGACACAAACAGACUCUUCACUCACUGGUUUAAACAAUAAUAGUAAUUCACUUCUUUCAAACAAUAGUUUCUUUGGAAAUUCAACAUCUAAUUCAUCUUUGGAUGAUGAUACUUUUGGUCCUGGGGCUUUACAACCACAAUCAUCUCAUACAUAUCAACCAAUGGUUUCACUUGAAAGUUUAGCUGCUGCUACAAUGAAAAUGAAUGAACAUUGGAAGACUCAAAUGGGUAAGAAACCUCUUGAUGACUUUGAUGAUUCUCUUGAGCCACAAGGAUUAAAUGAUAAUGACGGUGCUAUUGAAGCUAUUGAUUGGGAUUCUCAAUGGUACUAUCUUUCCGAAGAUAAUGAGCCAAAAGGUCCUUAUAAUUUGCAAAAAUUGAAGGAAUGGAUGGAUUUAUUCUAUCUCCAAUCUGAAACUAGAAUCAAACAAGAUAUUGAAUCUCAUGCAACAACUACAUUGGGAGAAGUUUUGAACAGUUUAACUCAACAAAACAAUUCUCACAUGAAUCAUGGAAUGGGUAACAAUAUUUUGGCUUCUCAACAUUUGCUAUCCAACAAUGGUAUGAAGGGCAAUAUGCAUUCCAAUGACUUUUUCAUGAAUGAUAAGCCAAGCAUUCCAACUGGAAGUAUUUUGGGCUCUCCUUUCAUGUCUCAAUCUCUUGUAAAGUCUCCUAUUCAAGGAUCUUUGCUUUCCUCGUUGGAUAAGCCACAACAACCAACACCAAUUACUCCAACAAGUCAACAAUUUUCUCAUCCUUGGGGAUUUGGACAACAACCAAUGGAACAAAUGGUUCAUCCAGGAUAUCCAUUUGUUAAUCCAAACAUGCCAAAUCAUUUCAUGCCACCAUUCCAUCAAGGACCAGGUCACUGGGGUAACAUGCCAAACUUGGCUAUGAAUUUGGGUGCCUCCAAUAAUAGUAAUAGCAUUCCAAGCGUUACUGAUAUUGAAAAUGAAUUACUCUAUGUUCAACCAAGUAUUCCACAACAUCCUACUCAUCAAGAAGUUUUCCAACAUUACACUCCUAUUCAACCUAUUAGUAAUGUUCAAGAACAAAUGGUUGUUGAAGAGCAAGAACCUAUUGAUGAAGAAGAAGAUAUUGACACUGAACAAGUAGUCGAAACACCAGUUGAAGAAGAAACUCAAAUUCCACAAAAGGAAGAAACUAUUGCUCAAGAAACUCCAAAGGUUGAUGACAAGACCUCAAAGAAGGAAAAGAACAAAAAGAAGGGAGCUGAAGCUAAACCAGCUAACACACCAAGCAAGAAGAAGCAAGAAUUGCCACCUGUCAAGGAAGAACCAGUUUUCAAAUCUGUUCCACCAACUGAAACUGUUAGUUUUGCUGAUCCAAAGAAGGAAGAAGUUAAAGGAUGGGGAGUCCAACCAGCUGUUACUACUGCUCCUGUUCAAACUUUGAAGCAAAUUAUGGAACAACAAAAGAAGGAAGCCCUCAAGCAAAGUAAGGAAACUCAACAAAAGAAGAAGGAAGCUGCUGAACAAGUUAUCAAAGUUAAUACAGCCAAUCCAUGGGGAGUUGCCAAUGCUAAUGUUGUUGCUCCAUCUCUUAAGGAAAUUCAAGAAGAAGAAGCAAAGAAGAAGAAACAAAAGGCUCAAAAGCAACAACAAUCUCAAAAUCAAGCUUCUGUUGUUAAGAAUGCUAGUUCAACUUGGGGAGGAAGUGCUCUUCAAUUUAAGGCAAUCCCUGAAAAGGACGUUCCAUCUACCUCAUCUUCAUCUACCCAUUUUGGAGCUGUUACUCCAACUAAGACUGUUGAAACCAAGUCAUUCCAAUUCCAAGCUAUUAAGCCUCAAACUAUUCCAGCUUCUACCUCUUCUACUUCUCCAAAGGAAGAAGAGGAAGACCAAGAAGAAGGUGUCUUCUGGGAUUACAGCCCAACUCCAGCCAAUGCUGCUACUAAUCCAGUAAUUACUACUGCCUCUGAAAAGAAGAAUAGCAAGAAGGAUAAAAAGAAGAAGGCAACCAAUGAAAAGCCAACUACAACCACUAGUCAAACAACCACCAGCGUCAAUACUCCAAGCAAUACUGCUGUUGAAGAAGAUUUCCCAUCCAUUUCUGCAAAGAAUAAUCCAUUUGGCCAAGCAGAUGUUUCUCAAGAAUUCAAGGACUGGUUCAAGAAGGGUUUGAAGAAAUUGAACAAGUCUGUUGAUCCAUCAUUCAUGUACUUCUUGUUGUCCCUCAACUCUGAAAAGGAAACUAUUGACUACAUGUCAGAAUAUAUUGGUAAUUCCUCAGCUGCUCAAAAGUUUGCUCAAGAAUUCAUUGCCAACAAGUCAUUCGAAAAUCCAAAUCAAGGAGCUAAUAAGAAGAAGAAAUAAAUUUAUUAAUCACUGUCGUGCUCAACGAUUUGCAUUCU